GUGUGAUUCCCCCUUUUACCUUCACUAUGACCACCAAGAGAAGAAACAACGGCCGCAACAAGCACGGACGUGGCCACGUCAAGCCUGUCCGCUGCCUCAACUGCGCUCGCUGCGUCCCCAAAGACAAGGCCAUCAAGCGUUUCACCGUCCGUAACAUGGUCGAGGCUGCCGCCGUUCGUGAUCUUGAGGAUGCUUCCGUCUAUGAGGUCUAUGCCAUCCCCAAGUUGUACAUCAAGCUUCACUACUGUGUCUCUUGCGCUAUCCACUCCAAGGUUGUCCGUGUUCGCUCCCGUGUCGGUCGUCGCAACCGCGCCCCUCCCCCGAGAUUCAGAUUCAGCAAGGAUGGUAAGAAGGUUCAGCCCAAGGCUUAAGUAACCAUGGCUUAGCCGUGAUGGUCAACGUGUUGUACGUUUUUUCGUCUUGAAUAAAAAUCGAAUCGAAAUGUCACAUAAUGUCUUUUUAUCUUUUGAUGUUACGAUUGGCUAUAUGGCAGUUUGGUCAAAGAUACUAUAUGCGGAUGAAAGCCAUGGAAGUAUUGUCCACCAAAUUUUCU